UUUUCCCCGUUCCCUUUCAUCUCAACAAACAAACUCUGCAAGAGGAACAGUACAUGGCAAGUCUUCUUCCUCUCUCUCAAAAAUUCCCGUAUAAUUAAACAGCCAGCCUCCCCCACAGACAUAGACGUUGCUUUCCAUGUACUUCAAAUGGUUGAUAAGUAGUCUCUUUAUAGAGAGAAACCAACGCACAAAUAAACAUACACAUAUACAGCAAGCGAAAACGCACAGCAACUACAGCAAAACAGAAUCAUUUGACAGCCAUUGAAGAACCUCUUCUAAAGCUUAAACAUCUCACCCCACUUCUCCUUCCACUUCAACUGCCCUUUUGGAAACCCAGUUCCAAUUUUGUUUUCUAUCACUCGGUUUGAUUGAAUUUUGUGCCCUUUUCAACUAGUUUUGCUCCGGUUAUGGAUCCACUCAUUCGACCUGUACCUGGAUCCAGCCCCACGGGACCCGAACCGGACGAGACUGGACUCGAUUCUCUUCAAUUUGGUGAAGAUAUUCAACACUUAAUCACUGCGCCGCCGGAAAAUGCUAGCUCUUUCACUGCUCUUCUCGAAUUGCCGGCCACUCAAGCCAUGGAGCUUCUCCACUCGCCCGAUUCGAGUCUCAGAACCCGACCGGUUAUCGACUGCCAUCACCAGAAGCAGUAUCUACAGCCACACUUCAAUGCUGCAAAUUUGACUUUUCCUACUAACAGUGGUUUGAUAGAGCGAGCCGCGAGAUUCUCGGUUUUCGCUGGCGAGAAUUUGAACAAUAUUAGCAAUAACUCGCCGGAGACAAGCUCAGUACCGUCAAAUUCAAGUGCAAAUCUCGAGAAAGUCGUUAAGAGUGAACCCGCGGAGGCCGAAUCAUACCUGAAUCCAUCACCACCGUUGGUUUCUGAUCCAACGAGGAUGGUCAACGGGGCGCAGAACCAGAGAACAGUGAAGAGGAAGGAGCGAGAAAAGAAGGGCAAAGGCUCAACAAAGAAGAGUAAAAAUUCUGCAAAUGAGAACUCUGAAGAUGCAGAGAAGCUUCCUUAUGUUCAUGUUCGAGCUCGUCGUGGUCAAGCCACAGAUAGCCAUAGCCUAGCAGAGAGAGCGAGGAGGGAGAAGAUCAAUGCAAGGAUGAAGCUACUUCAAGAACUGGUCCCAGGCUGCAACAAGAUUUCUGGUACAGCAUUGGUAUUGGAUGAGAUCAUCAACCAUGUACAGUCGCUACAAAGCCAAGUGGAGUUGUUAUCAAUGAGACUUGCAGCAGUUAACCCAAGAAUUGAUUUCAAUCUUGACAGUAUAUUGGCUGCAGAAAGUGGAUCUCUAAUGGACAGUAAUUUCCAUAGCAUGGUUGUGCCUUUCACAUGGCCUGAAGUACAAGUUAAUGGGAACAGACAACAAUAUCAACAGCAAUGGCAUUUUGAUGCACUUCAUCAGCCAAGUUGGGGAAGAGAAGACAGCUAUCACUUCAUUACUCCUGAGAACUCCCUUUUGAGUUAUGAUUCCUCAGCCAAUUCAGAUUCUGAUCGUGAUGCAGCAUCUCUGCACUCGAAUCAAUUGAAAAUGGAACUAUGAAGGCAAGAUGAAGCUUUAUCGAUAGCAUGUAUAUAUCAAAUAUUAGCAAUUAGCAGCAAGUAGAGGGGGAGGCCUCGACAUUCAUCUCGGGUUUCCACAACUAUUUAACAGAGUGGGUUGGAGAUCCGGAAAUUCUCUCAAAUAGAGAUGAGAAAUUUCAAUCUUAUUCUUAUAUUUAUAUAUAAAUAUAAAUAUAUUUUAAUAUGAUUCACUGCAUAUAUGUCUAUCUCUCUAUAUAUAUACUAACUUUUGAGAGUCAUUCAAUCUAAUUCUUCAGUUUAUGAGAUGGCUGAUUGAUUGAUUCAUGUUGUAGAAAAUCAGACUCAGGAAUGAUUCAUCAUCCAUCCCUCAACUAUUAUUGAAGUUGCCUUUUUUUUUCUGUUUGCAAA